ACAAACAAAACUUCUAUAUCUUCUACAGUCAACCACCUACACGCCUUUAACGGACGUGUUAUUUUUUCUUAAUUAUUUACCUGACUCAACGGUUAUAAUGGGCAAGGCCCUCUAGUUCAAUUUCGAACCGAAAAUGUGGCGACUAGCGUCCGUGCUUCUACUAACACACGUCCUACUAUUAACCAAUGGCCAGUUUGAAUGGCAAACGCUGGACAGUUUCGACGAGGUGUCCAGGGCCGUGAGGGCCAUAAACAAGGACAACUGCGAGGUCCAGCACUUCCGCGACCUCUACCUGCCCGAGGACGUCGUCUCCCACUUGCCGGACAUCAAGGAGGUCAAUAUUAACCCCGUGUUUCCCAAUAGGACCCAAUUGUUGCACCUGCACAACAUGGCCCUCAACAGGGCCUUUUUUUGGAGUUACAUACUGCAGAGCAGGUUUAUUAGACCGGCGAUAAAUGAUACAUACGAUCCUGGAAUGAUGUACUAUUUGUUAUCCACCGUAGCCGAUGUAUCCACUAAUAAACAUAUCAAUGCCAGUGCCAUAUACUUCUCGCCUAAUAUGAGUUAUAGUAGCUCAUAUAGGGGCUUUUUUAAUAAGACUUUUCCUAGGUUUGCCCCAAGGACAUUCCGAGCAGACGAUUUCAAUGAUCCAGUGCACUUGGAAAGAAUAUCUACCCUAAACACUUUUACAAUUCAUGAUUUGGGUGCCAUUAAGCCCAACACUAGUGCAGACUAUACUUCUGAAUAUUAUAGGAUUAAUGAGUGGUACAAGAAAUGGCUGCCCGAUAAGGUCAAUACAAGACAUGACACCAAAACAACUUAUCAGGUUGAAAUUCGUUACGCAAACAACACCAACGAAACGUUCACGUUCCACGGACCCCGGGGGGCCGACGAAAACCCCGGACCAGUAAAAUGGACUCGUCCCUACUUCGACUGUGGUAGAUCAAACAGAUGGCUGGUAGCCGCUGUGGUACCCAUAGCGGACAUUUUCCCAAGACACACCGGAUUUAGACAUAUAGAAUAUCCCACAUACACAGCAGUAUCCGUGGUCGAGAUGGAAUUUGAGCGGAUAGACAUCAACCAAUGUCCGCAGGGACCUGGAAAUGACGGUCCGAACCGAUUUGCCGAAACUGCCAGAUGUAAAAACGAAACUACCGAAUGUGAACCAAUUCAUGGUUGGGGUUUUCGUCGCGGAGGAUACCAAUGUCGGUGUCGGCCAGGUUAUAGACGCCCUUUACAAAUACGCAGCCCUUAUUUGGGCGAAAUCCUUGAAAGGGCCACCGAGGAACAGUAUUAUAAUGGAUUCGACUGUAAAAAGAUCGGAUGGAUCCAAAAGUUACCGGUCGAAUGGGAAAAGGCACCAUGGUACGUGAGAGAAAUAGAAGUGGACCGACAUCCGGAGUAUAAAUAUCCAGUACCCGGACCUGAAUCCCUCAAUCAGCCAGUAGUUAACAUUCACGAGGCCAUUCGGUUCAUUAACAGUGUCAAAAAAAGUAAUUGUCACAAGUUUAAACCUGACGAAUUAACUUUACAUGGAGGUACAAUGUUCGGCGCAGAAGAGUUUUUCGAAAACGAAGCCAAAAUGGCGCUACGUCUCGCCAAUUUCAUCAGCGUCUUCCUGCAAGUGUCCGAUCCCACUCAAGUAUACUCAGGUAAAAGGGUGGCCGACAAACCUUUAACCGAGGACCAAAUGAUCGGAGAAACGUUGGCCAUUGUGCUGGGCAAUAGUCGAAUCUGGUCCGCAGGAACUUAUUGGGAAAUGAACAAGUUCACCAACAAGACUCUAUUCGCUCCUUACGCCUAUAAAAGAACGCUGAACGGACGAAAGUUUAACGUGGAAGAUUUGGCUAGGUUAAACAAGUCCGAAGAAGUUUACCUCAACAAACCGUGGUACAAAUACUUAAAAGAACGUUGGGCGAGCAACUUCGACGACCUGGAAAAAUUCUGGAUGAAAAUCAAAGUGCGUUUCAACGAAACCGGCGAGAGUCUCAGCAAGUACGAGCAUUUUCCCACGUUUUAUCGGGGAGCUAAAUUGGAUCAUGGCUACUGGACCGCUCCGUAUUACGACUGUUACGGCAAAGUACCGAUGUGGAAAAUUAAAUAUGCUGCCCCGUUUUUCGGAUGGGACAGCUUGAAGGCCCGAUUAGAGUUUAAAGGUGUUGUAGCAGUAACUAUGGACCUACUUAAACUGGACAUUAACCAGUGUCCAGAUAAAUAUUAUGUCCCUAACGCAUUUAAGGAUACGCACAAGUGUGACCAACAAACGUCUUAUUGUGUUCCUAUUCUGGGCAGAGGUUUCGACUCGGGCGGAUACAAAUGCGAGUGCAAACAAGGCUUCGAAUACCCCUUCGAGGACCCAAUAACUUAUUACGAUGGGCAACUCAUGGAAGCGGAAUUUAGCAAUAUGGUAGAUAAUAACCUGAGCAGGUUCGACAUGUUUAGGUGUAGGUUAGCGGGGGCGAGUAGCAUACGGCCCGGUGUCACGGCUGUUUUGGGUCUGUUGAUAAUUUAUUUACUGAGAUUUUGUUGACGUUAUUUUAUUAGGCAAGACUGUGUACAUAUAUGUAAUGAGGCCUUGCUGAUAAUGUGCCUUUUAUAUACAACUUAGGUUCAAUGUGAUUUAAUAUGCGAGAGGAGAAGUUUUGUAAAAAUCGUCUCGCAUUAGAAAAACCACGCCCGUCCAAAGCGAUCUUUUUAUUUGUAAGUUUUUUUAGGUAGUUUUUUCGAUUUUAUUAGGUAUGAGACAAAAAAUUAACCAAUUAGAUAGUUUAAACCAAAAGACAUUCCCUGACACAGUCAAUUAUAAAUUAGAUAUUUCUUGUAGUUGAUUUACAGCUGUAAUGUUGCUUUUUUUAAAGGUUUUAUGUAAUAAGUAUAUAAAGGGUGGCUUCUGGUGUUAUUGCUUCUCAAGCACCCAUGCAGCUUUUAUUAUACAAUAUCUUUUAUGAAUUUAAUUGCAAGAUGUAAACUAAUAGGCGAGGCAAUCUGUAAAAAUUUGUUUGCUGUUAUACAAGAAACUCAUUAUGUGCCUCUUAGGGUUGUACUUUGUAAAGGUAUCCAUCCGUCUAUUUUAGAAUUACCGUACUUAUUUUGUAUAUAAAUAACAUAGAAGUGUCCUCAAGAAUAUUUGCUACAAACGGACAGUUAAUAUAGUACAACACUCUCGGUUUUUAUAUAAUUUAUAUACCAAAUAUUUUAGAGACCAUGCUGUAUGAAAUUUCCAUUUUACUUUCUCGCAAUAUUAAGGCAAUAGCAGAGUUUAUGUAGUAGGAAACAGAGGAAACUUAAUUUUUUUUAAAUUAAUGCCAAAUAAAUGGAUUAAUUGGGAUGGUCUAAAGGAAAGCGAGCUAUCAAACAUUAAAAUCAAAAAAAAUUAAUAGAAAACACCUAACGGAAAAACUUCAUUAGAGCUAUAAAAGAUACAUAAACAUAUAUAUAAUUAAAUAUGUUUAAGAACAAGAUACACAUUUAUACCGUUUUGUUUAGUAUCUUGAAAAAAAAUGGAUGUUAUUUUAAUAGAUCGCACUUUUGCAUGCCCUUCAUGUUUCUUUUCAAUUCAACAAUGCAAUAAAUGUUUUCCCUACAUAUGAUACAUGCUUCCUUUUCAUUAGCCGGCAUAAAAUCCACCGCUUUGGAAUGGAUUUUAGGCGGAAACUUAACUUUUUUAUGAUAUUAUUAAGGAUCUGCUGUUAAAUAAGCUCGAUAGUGGAAAUCAUAAUAAUAUGUCGCUGCUUUUAUGUGUAAUAUAAGCUUUCCGUCCACAUUUGGAAUUUUUUACAAUAUUUUAUAGAUUUUUUUAUAUUGUGUGUGUAUAUCUAUAGUUACUACCAUUUUAAAUAGAUUUUUUUU